GUUUAAAGGAGCGCGCGUGUACUACCAAGCGCAGUUGUUCACUCUACAUCGUUGAAAUCACUACAGAAUGUUACGCACGGCGUUAUUGGGAGGUUUUCUCCUGUUUGCAUUAGUAGAAGCACAGAGAACCAGAAACAGUGGUAACAGGACACCUAGACAAAAUGGACAGUUUGGAAGUAACGGAGUAACCAGGAACGGAGCUAGGGAUGCAGUAGGAACUGAAGUGUAUCCGGGAUGUGACGGGAAGGUUUGUCUUCCAGAAGCAGAUCUAUGUGCUAACCGGAAAAACAAGGUAGGAGAGAAGGAGUAUGAUGGUAAAUCCUACUGGUUUUCAUGGGACAGCGAUGAGGCAGUUCUCAGGAACGCCAGAUGGAACUGGUUUACUGCUAGAAACUACUGCAGGAAAAGAUGUAUGGAUCUGAUCAGUAUAGAGAGUCAGGAUGAGCAGGAUUUCCUCGGACGGGAGAUGAAGAAAGCAGGAGUAAGAGAGACCUGGUCCAGUGGCCGACUCUGUGAUAAGGAGGUUGAUGGAUGUGACCAGCCUAGGUUCCAACCCUACAAUAUCCGAGGUUGGUUCUGGGCCUCUACUCUACAGGGUAUGGGAGAAACCAACGUGUUCGAUGGAAGAAAGUAUAACGCCUGGUCCUUCACUGGUCCCCUGAACAAGUCCCAGCCUGAUGGUCUGCUCAAGGCUGAUGGGUUCGGAGAACAAGCUUGUAUGGGUCUUCUAGAUGAUUUCUUCGGAGAUGGACUUGCUUGGCACGACACCAAGUGCAACGACAGAAGGUUGAUUAUCUGUGAAGAUCUACCAAAGGGAAACAUCAACUUCGUGAGACAACAGAAUCCAGGAGUUGUCAUUCCCUAGAUGCAUUCCCCAGAUUUAUUUUCACACUUAUUUUUUUGAUUAUUUUUCCUUUUUCCCUUUUUGUCCUUUCAAUUUACUUACUUUUCUUCAGUUUCUCAGCCUUUCUUCAGACUCUCAACCCUCCUCAUGUUUCUCAUCCUCCCUCCUGUUUUUAAACCCUUCUCCUGUUUCUCAACCCUCCUCAUGUUUCUCAACUCUCCUCAUGUUUCUCAACCCUCCUCAUGUUUCUCAACCCUCCUCAUGUUUCUCAACACUCCUCAUGUUUCUCAACCCUCCUCAUGUUUCUCAACUCUCCUCAUGUUUCUCUACCCUCCUCAUGUUUCCUAACCCUACUCCUGUUUCCCAACCCUCCUCAUUCUUCUCAACCCUCUUCCUGUACUUUUUCCUGUUUUUCCUCUUGCUCUAAUCCCUGACUGUGUUCCUGAACCUAUUUAACCCUAAACCUGAUGCUUGGGCAUAAACUAGAACCUUGAGGGCAUUGUAAAAUUAUAUAUUUAUAUAUGUAUUUAGAACUAAUUAUAUCAAGAUAGUAAACAAAUAUAUUUCUUCA